AGCUGACAGCUCAUAGUCCAGAUGUAAACAAUGUUGGUGUGCUGUGCGAUGUCAGCAGCUACAGUGUGACUGACUAUGUCAGCGAAAAUGAACAGUUACGGACUUCAACUAACGUUGCUUUUCGUCCUUGGGAUCAUCGAGCUCUGCAGUUGUUCCCCGAAAAUAUCUCAGGUAACUAUCAAUCCAAACUGUGGCCAAUAUUGUGAGAGUAGUAACGUUACGACGGUCUACUUGCGCACUGAAAGUUCGACCGAUUCUCUCCACUAUGUUUGGGACUUCAGCGGUAAGCCGUCUGUUCUCUUGGCUGUUACUAUUCCGUCGGCACAAUUGGAAGUCGACUGGAAGAAGUUCCUUUGGGGUAAAGAGGAAUCGUUAAAAUUCACCGAGGCUCCGAGUUACACUUUUGGUAUUACAGUGUUGAAGAUAUACGAGUUCAAUGACGUGAACGAUACAGGCUACAUGGAUAAUGUUAGGCCCGAAAACAUCAACGUACUACACCCCAAACACUUCAGAUGGGACAGAAAGUCCUAUUCUCAAAAUAACGAUUACUUUGAACUGAGCAUGGAGGGAACUGACUAUAAGUUUGGAAGUAUACAAAGAAAUGGGACGAUCAAAGUUUUGCUGAACAGGUUCUGGAAACUCGAUCAUUCCGACAUAAUGCCACAUAUGUUACACACUGAAAACGCGACGCAGAUUGACAUCAUUAUUGACAAUUUUCAAACCAACUCGUCUUUUAAUAACAGCAGAUUCGCUGUUGAGCUACUGAUCAUUGCUGACCACAACCUGAAUUCUACAAUGAAAAUUGACGUCAAAAAAACCUUGGAUGACGAACACACACCUGGUAUAUUCGAGAUGGUAGAAAUUACCACACCAGUUUGUGACGUAGUAAAUCGUGAAGAGAUGUGCGAUAAACGGAUCGGAGAAGGCUACUUGCAAUGGAGGCCCGUUUCAUACACAGAUGCGCAACGAGACGUCACGAACUCCACUGAAGCCAUUCAUUACCCGCUGACCCCUGUCGCGAAUCAUGCACAAAGCGCGAAUAAUUCACUGCUGUACUCAUACUAUGGGUACAACAUAGAAAACCUACUUAUGCAGAAGGUUGUAGUAUCUCUUGGCUCCAAAGGUGACGGAUUUUACAAAAAAAGCAACUACUCGACCUGGACAUUUACCAUUGGAUACGGGAAUCCCCCUGCUGAAAAAUUCUCGCUUCUAGUAAUAAUGAUUAUAUCGAUUGGACUAGGCCUACCGGUAGUCAUUAUGGUCGCUGUUGGUAUUUACGUGUGCGUAAGGAGACGGUGCACGAGGUCGGACACGCUGUCGCUCAACAGCUAAGCCUGACUUUAUUUAUGUGAUUUCAAAUUACCGUCGGACUAUUCUACGACAUUCUUAACAACAGUCAAGGUCGCAAAUAAUGUGCUAAUACUCGGUACAUUGUCGACGAGCAAUGUGAACAAGCGUACGUAAGAAGUCGGAUGUGUGACCUUCUGUUGUCAAAUGCUUGUGCGUCGCGUCUGGCAUACGAUAAGUCUUGAAAAAAUAUUUGUGUAUUGUUCGACGUUGUAUCUAUAUUUACUAUAUUUAUACGUGUAUAUCACUACGGAAAUAUAUAUUCGGAACUUAAGGCUGAUAGGGUGAUACGUAAGUGGAGAAAAUGGGAUUCAGCUUACUCCCUAUUUCGCUAGCUGUUCAAUGUUCAUGUUUGCGUGAAAAUCUGUGAGAUUAGUUAGCACCAAUUGAUUUUUUAUUUUAUACCUUUAAACAGGGUCAAGUUGUUACAUGCCAUGACAAGAUUUAAAAACAACAUAAUUACCAGUUCUGUGGGUUACUAUUAUUGUACAAAAUAUCGCACAGUUAAAUUUACAAGCUCUUACAUGAUUAGCGAAUUUCAUCGGCUCUUUGUAAAAACAGUAUAAAAAUAAAUUAUUGGACGCCUGCUGCGGGUCCGUGUUACUAAUAGUUGACAAAAAACUUUAUUUUUUUCUUGAAUUAGGUGGAAACAAAAAAAAAAACUGAGAAUAUUAAAUUUACUAAAAUAAAACUUGCGAGAGAUCCUUUCGGGACUGUUUCACUGAUAUGUGAAUCGGAAUCUUUUAUUUCUCAAGAAUAUAGACUAUUUUUGUAAUGAAAAUUUAAUGCAUUAUCUCUUCACUUGAUUGACACUUUCUUUAUGUUCAUGAAUUUGUGCCUUUCCCUUAUUAUAAGUACUUGAUACGUGAUUGUUUGCUGCAGGAUGUUUUGAAUGUAAUGAUUUUCAUAGCAAUUGUGUACAAUAAAAUUAAAUGAUGCAUAAUGUAAUACUAAUUAAAAACAAUAUCAACACAA